GGCUGCGACCGCGACCUGGGCGAGCGCAGCAGGCGUGUGACCGGCCUCCUCGGGGCCGCGGUGCAUGGUCUCUAAGAUGAUCAUUGAAAACUUCGAGGCACUCAAGUCCUGGCUCAGCAAGACCCUCGAGCCCAUCUGUGAUGCCGAUCCAUCAGCCCUAGCAAAAUAUGUUUUAGCUCUGGUAAAGAAAGACAAAAGUGAGAAGGAAUUAAAGGCAUUAUGCAUUGAUCAGCUCGAUGUAUUUCUUCAGAAAGAGACACAAAUAUUUGUGGAAAAACUUUUUGAUGCUGUGAACACAAAGAGUUAUCUACCUCCUCCAGAGCAGCCAUCGUCAGGAAGCCUGAAGGUAGACUUUCUUCAGCACCAAGAAAAAGAUAUAAAAAAAGAAGAGCUCACAAAGGAGGAAGAGCGAGAGAAGAAGUUUUCCAGAAGGCUAAAUCAUAGUCCUCCCCAGUCAAGCUCCCGAUACAGAGACAAUAGAAGCCGUGAUGAGAGGAAAAAAGACGAUCGUUCUCGAAAAAGAGAUUAUGAUCGAAACCCUCCUCGAAGAGAUUCAUACAGAGACCGGUAUAACAGAAGGCGAGGGAGAAGUCGCAGUUACAGCAGGAGUCGGAGUCGAAGUUGGAGUAAAGAGAGGCUUCGCGACAGGGAUAGAGAUAGAAGCAGGACGAGGAGCAGAAGCAGGACACGAAGCCGGGAAAGGGAUCUGGUGAAACCUAAAUAUGACCUGGACAGAACAGAUCCACUAGAAAAUAAUUAUACACCAGUCUCUUCAGUAUCUAAUAUUUCAUCUGGCCACUAUCCUGUACCGACUUUGAGCAGCACCAUUACUGUAAUCGCUCCUACUCAUCAUGGUAAUAACACUACCGAAAGUUGGUCUGAAUUUCAUGAAGACCAGGUAGAUCACAACUCUUACGUAAGGCCACCAAUGCCAAAGAAGCGGUGUAGAGAUUAUGAUGAAAAGGGGUUUUGUAUGAGAGGAGACAUGUGUCCUUUUGAUCAUGGAAGUGAUCCAGUCGUGGUAGAAGAUGUGAACCUGCCUGGGAUGUUGCCUUUCCCAGCACAGCCACCUGUUGUGGAAGGACCACCACCUCCUGGACUUCCUCCACCUCCUCCAAUUCUUACACCCCCACCUGUAAAUCUUAGACCCCCAGUGCCACCUCCAGGUCCAUUACCACCCAGUCUGCCACCUGUCACAGAUGAUAUUUCUUAUUCUUUGGUUUUGACAGGACCACCUCCUCCACUUCCUCCUUUACAGCCAUCUGGCAUGGAUGCGCCACCCAACUCUGCAACCAGCUCUGUUCCUACUGUAGUAACAACUGGCAUUCAUCACCAGCCUCCUCCUGCUCCACCCUCUCUUUUUACUGCAGUUUUUGUGUUACCAGAUACAUAUGACACCGAUGGCUACAAUCCUGAAGCACCAAGCAUAACAAACACUUCCAGACCGAUGUAUAGACACAGAGUGCAUGCGCAAAGGCCUAACUUGAUAGGACUAACAUCAGGGGAUAUGGAUUUACCACCUAGAGAAAAGCCUCCUAAUAAAAGCAGUAUGAGGAUAGUAGUGGAUUCAGAAUCAAGGAAAAGAACCAUUGGGUCUGGGGAACCUGGAGUUUCUACAAAGAAGACGUGGUUUGACAAACCAAAUUUUAAUAGGACAAACAGCCCCGGUUUCCAGAAGAAGGUUCAGUUUGGAAACGAAAAUACUAAACUUGAACUUAGGAAAGUUCCUCCAGAAUUAAAUAAUAUCAGCAAACUUAAUGAACAUUUUAGUCGAUUUGGAACGCUGGUUAACUUACAGGUUGCCUAUAAUGGUGAUCCUGAAGGUGCACUUAUCCAAUUUGCAACUUAUGAAGAAGCAAAGAAAGCAAUCUCAAGUACAGAAGCGGUAUUGAAUAACCGCUUUAUUAAGGUUUACUGGCACAGAGAAGGAACUACUCAGCAGUUACCGACCACUUCACCAAAGGUAAUACAGCCGUUAGUUCAGCAGCCUAUUUUACCUGCUGUGAAACAGUCCGUCAAAGAGCGGUUGGGUCCUGUGCCUUCCAGUACUGUUGAACCGGCCGAAGCCCAGAGUGCUACUUCCCAGCUUCCCCAGAAUGUAACUAAGUUAUCUGUGAAGGACAGGUUGGGUUUUGUAUCAAAGCCAUCUGUUUCAGCAACUGAAAAGGUGUUGUCUACAUCUACUGGCCUAACAAAAACGGUGUAUAAUCCAGCUGCUUUGAAGGCUGCACAAAAAACUUUACUAGUUUCUACCCCUGCAGUUGAUAAUAAUGAAGCACAGAAAAAGAAACAGGAGGCACUGAAACUUCAGCAGGAUGUAAGAAAAAGGAAGCAGGAAAUUUUAGAAAAGCACAUUGAAACACAGAAGAUGCUUAUUUCAAAACUGGAGAAAAACAAAACAAUGAAGUCUGAAGAUAAAGCAGAAAUAAUGAAAACAUUAGAGGUUUUGACAAAAAAUAUUACCAAGUUGAAAGAUGAGGUCAAAGCUACAUCUCCUGGACGCUGCCUUCCAAAAAGUAUAAAAACGAAGACUCAGAUGCAGAAAGAAUUGCUUGACACAGAAUUGGAUUUAUAUAAGAAGAUGCAGGCUGGAGAAGAAGUCACUGAACUUAGGAGAAAGUAUACAGAAUUACAGCUGGAGGCUGCUAAAAGAGGAAUUCUUUCAUCUGGCCGAGGUAGAGGGAUUCAUACAAGAGGUCGAGGUGCAGCUCAUGGCCGGGGCAGGGGUAGAGGUCGAGGACGAGGUGUGCCUGGACAUGCUGUGGUGGAUCAUCGACCCAGAGCAUUGGAGAUUUCUGCAUUUACAGAGAGUGAUAGAGAAGAUCUUCUUCCUCAUUUUGCGCAAUAUGGGGAAAUUGAGGAUUGUCAGAUUGACGACUCUUCACUUCAUGCGAUAAUUACAUUCAAGACAAGAGCAGAAGCAGAAGCUGCUGCAAUUCAUGGAGCUCGUUUCAAAGGGCAGGAUUUAAAACUGGCAUGGAAUAAACCAAUAACUAAUAUUUCAGCUGUGGAAUCGGAAGAAGUUGAACCUGAUGAAGAGGAAUUUCAGGAAGAGUCUUUGGUGGAUGACUCAUUACUUCAAGAUGAUGAUGAAGAAGAAGAGGACAAUGAAUCUCGUUCUUGGAGAAGAUGAUUUGACUGAUCAUUGAUCUGCAUAUGCUAGAACUCUACCUGUGUUUCAUUAGUAUUAUCUAAUGUACUUUUACAUAUUUGUAAAAACAAUUUUUGGUAAAAUAUGAUGAAGAUGGAUUUCAAAAAUAGAUAAAAGAGAAGAAAACUACCUUCUGAUCUUGUAUUUUGAAAGAUUGAUGUUUGCAUUUUAUUUCAGUAAACAAUUGCUAAAGACAUCACAAUAGAACAUAUGCAAUGUUUUUAUUACAUACUUCUAUUGAACAUUACAGAAUUCUUUGGGUUGUUUGUAAAUUAAUGAAUAGAUUUGAAUACUUAUGACCCAAUACUUGUUAUAACAUAGAAGAGUUUGUUUUACUCUAAGGAAUGAAUUUGCAUUUAAAAUCUUAAUGAAUGUUUUCAAAAAUGAAUAGAUGACAUAGUACCCUAAAGUCUCCAAGUUAUGUAUUCAUAAUAUUACAUAGUAGUAUGCUUAGGCUUUACUAUGUAUUAGCCAUUUGUUGGAUUUGUGUAUGUAUUUUAUCACAUGAAUGUUAAUGAUAAUGGUGUAUGACUGCUUUACGUGAGUUCUUAUGCAUCUGGAUGCUAAAAAUAAAGUGGAAUGGUCUCUUAAAAGAAAAAAAAGAAAAAAAACGCAAUGAAAAAAAUUCAUGACAAUGUUCCUUGAUUUAAAAAAAAAAAGAAAAAGAAAAAGAAAAAAGAAAAAAGAAAAAAAAAAGAAAAAAAGAGAGAAAAUGAAACAGACCAUUCCAGAUGGUGAUCUGCCUUCCCCCUAACUAUCAAAAGGAGCUAUAAUCACUAAAUAAUAAUGGUUACUGGUACCUUUAUAAUGAUGUACAAUCCAAUGUUUAAAAUUUAUACCACUUCAGUUUGGUUUGAUCAUAUAAAUUUUCAACAGAUGUCUUAAAAUUUAAAAGCAGGCUGAUUAGUUUGGAACCAGACUUCAAGUAGCGCUAACAUUUGGUGAAUAAGACAACUUCAUAUUACAUUUUGGAUGUAUGAAAGAAAACUUGACCAUUUGAAGAUGUAUGAAUAAAGAAAUGUACUAUAGAUACUACUUUAGGAAAACACUGUUUGUAGUCGUGAAAGAUGCCAAAUUGGCAGAGGCUCACGUUUCUUCUCUUUACACCAAACAGCAGAGAGAGAACAUCACUGCCUGAAUUUAGCUUUGUGACUACAUGAGCAAGCCCUGUCCUGUCCUGUUGUCGGAGAUGACUGUUAAUAUCACCAUCCUGUCAUUUGGUUUGCCCUUUUCCAAUCUGAGCAGAUGUUUACAUGUACUGUGAUGACCAUUUUAUCUUUCCAGUCUGUACGAGUACAUCUCGGCCCAGAGGUGUUAUCAAAUGUGUGAAGUUUCUGACCUUACUCAUAAAUGUUUUCUUUCCUUAUUUUAUAGCAAUUUAAUUUGUAAAACACCCUAAGAAGGAACAAGGACUUUUAGUUUCCGUAUGAGAUAUAUUACAUGGCAGCCAAACUGAGAAUUGUGUCUGGGAAAUCUAUAAAGCCACGAGAGCAUUAAUUGAACAGUUUAGAAUGAAGAAAAUGAAUUAAAAAGUUAAACAUAUGUUUGGCUUUAAUUUUUCUUAUUUUUAGGAUGUAUUUAUUGAAUUAGGAUAGCCACUAAAAAUAAUUUUGAGAAACUAUAAAGUACUUUUCACAUAUUGUAAUGAAUUUGUCUGUUCUUGUGAGUGUAUUCAUUCAUUCAUGUGAUUGCCAGGGCGACUUACUCCAGUGAACUUUUUGUUGUUGCUCUUAACUCUUCAAAAACAAGGAAAAUAAUUUUAUUUCUUUUCAAGUAAUAAAUGAUGACCUAUGGGUUCUAAAAUUGAACAUCUACUAAAUUUGUCUAAUUUAUACAGUUUUCAUCACUUGUAAUCAAGGCAUCAAAGACAAUCUUUCAAGCAAGGGGAAAUAGUGUUACAUUUUUUUAAACACUAGUUUUCAGCUGCUUUGAAAGUGUAUGUGCUAAUAAUAAGCAAUAUAGCUUAAACUUAGAAAGUGGACAAUUAAAAUUAUCAUUCUAAAUAUUAACAAAAUCUUUUUUAUAGCACACCAGAAUUAUUUUUUCACUAAGUUGAGUAUUCACCCAUAGAUUCUUAUAGGUAUUUGAGAAAUCUAACAUAGCCAUUCUUAGAAAAAUCCAAAUUAUAUUGAUUCUGCCUUUUUUUUCCUUUCUUUUUUUAAUUUCUACUCAGUCAUACUUUCUUAUACAAAGCUGUUAUCCUACAAACACUUUUUCCCUCUUGAAUAUGCAUUGUGGUUGUCUUCAUGAAUAAUAAAAUGUAACAAACUCAUUAGUCAUGUUAUAAAUUAUCUGUCUUGAUCCACAUUGAUUAUACAUGCAUGGUUAAAGGAAAAGCAUGUAUUUUAAGUAAUUAUUACCACCUAAUAGCCUACAAGGCAUUUUGUUUGUUUACCCCCCCUCCCCAGACAUACUUUUUUGUUGUUUUUUUAACAAAUUUUCAGAUAGCCAUGAGGAAUUCAUACCAGAAUAGUUUAUAUUUUUUAUUUUCAAAGAAGUCUUUACAGUGGUAAUGUUGUAGCUGCUUAAGUUAGAGCCAAAGAACAUUGUCUGAAGAGACCAUACCUGCAAGUAACUCUUUUGAUGGGUUAAUUGGCGAAUGCUACAUGCUGUCACCUUAAAGUUAUUUUGCUAUUACUUUUUCCUUUUGCUGUUGAAUCAAAAACAAAGCAAAACAAAAUGGAAUAUGCCCUUGGGAAUCAGAAGUCAAGUUGACGUCUCCUUAAGAUCACUGCAUUUUUUGAAAAUUGUUGGGGAAAUCAGUUGGUCAGGUACAUUUAAGUCCUUAUAUGUUGGUUACUAAAGAUUCUCUUUUAAAAUUUGUUCCUGAAUAAACUCGUCGUGGAGUGAUGUGUACAUAACUGUACAGAAUCAUUUUUGUGUAAUUGAAUGGAGCAGUUUACCUCUGCAUGACUGCAUUAAGGAAGCCUUUUAUAUAUCUUUAUAUUUUUCAAUAUACUUAGAUUUUACACUUGGUCGCUCUAGUCAUGCUAUAUUUGUUGUUUUUUUUAAAUAGAAUUUAUAAAUAUUUAUG